UGGUUAUCUUGUCAAUUUGUCUUGUCUUUCUACAAUUUUUCAACCCUUUUUUGUUAUGUAACCAUGUCCAGUUCGAACAAUCUAUUUUCCGAUUCAACAUCCAUCGACUCUGGAGUGGAUGAUCUGCAAAAUCCAAAAUUCGAUUACACCGGAAACUUCGAUAGGCAUGGCUUCAGAGACGGACAUGGCUGCCAGACCUGGGACCGACCAUUUCAGCACAAAUACGCUGGUUGCUUCAUCUACAACAACAUGCACGAUAAAGGAUUCUAUUUUGUGAGACAAGAGGAUGGAGAUUCCUUUUACGACGGCCAAUUUUACAACAAUAAACUCGAGGGUUAUGGCCAAGUCAUCUACAAGGAUGGUAGGGCUCAUGAGGGUCUUUUCAAGGACAACCGAAAGUUCGGUCCAGGUGUCCUUUCGUAUCCUGAUGGUACCCAAGAUGUCGGUUUAUGGAAUGGGAACUAUCUGAUACGACUCAGCAUUUCAAUGAGCUCAGAUAUUGUCCCUUCCUUGUGUAAUAACCCUGUCAACAAGGUCAAAUUGUUGCGUUUCAAAAAAAUUGUGCCUGCGCUUCCAGAGAGGAAAGAUCUCGCGAAAGAUCUGAUGGAUGGACUCACUGAAGAUCAAGCUUUAGCUCCCAGAUACCCGGAGUUGUACAAUCAACAUGUUAGAAACGAAAACUCAUUGUUCUUUGAUCGCAGGUUUUACGAUCUGGCUCAACUAGGGUCAGAAGAUACACUGAUCGAAGUCUUGGAAGAUGAAGCAUUCGUGGAUGCCCUAUCAGACAUAACUGAUGCGGAAGACAAUGCAUGUCCUUGCAUAGAUGAAAGGUGUGUUCAUGUAACGAAACAAAUCAACGAAAUGGAGUCGGAGCUGAGGAGAAUUCACGAUUUGAGAACUAAGUACGAAGAGCAACUCCAGAAAUGCAAAGUAUGCUGCAAAAUACAUCCACCCUGUCCAUUUGUCCCUGUCAAUUCCUCUUCUCACAACUCCACCAGUGAAUCAGCAGAUGGUUUUUCUAACGAUGAGGACAUCAAAUAUCCAUCUAGAGCAAGUAGUCAUAAGAAUAAUUUUUUCCCGAAACAAGGAGUUGAGAAAAAUUUGGAACAAAUGAGGAUGCAGACCAGUAUCGUUGAGGAUAUCAUUAUAAACGAAUUAGAAACGAUGCAAAAGAUUCUUCCAGAUCAGAAUAACGAAGAGAGCAUCAACAAAAUCUUCAUGAGCACCAAACAAUUUCACAGCGAUGCUUCCAUGAACAGCAGCGAUCAAGAGAAAUUUCUAGACGACGUAAUCGAAAAAUACACUUGCAUGUGCAUUGACGAGGAGAUACCAAACGCUGAUUUCCUAGAGGAACAACUGGAAAAACUCCAGCAACAGGAGAAGUUCUACCAUACGGUUGUCGAAUCUCUGAAUCGAGUUCUCUAUAAGGAAUUUUCGACACUCCACAAGUCCAACUUUCCCAAAAUUGUUAAGAUACCAGUCGAAGAUCUACUCGCUUGGAAUAACGGAAAAACCGCUAUUGAAAUACUCCAACAUUCGUUCAGAUACAGAAAUUUCGAAAAAUUACUGACCUACAACAUCAAAUCUCUAUUGAUAGGGGACAGGACAGCUUUCGCUAAAUUAGGAAGAAUCGAGUCCAUAUGCAUAAGUUUUCUGAAACACUGCGUCAGCAACGACAUCGAUGAAGUUCGCAGAGAUCUGUUUUACCAUAACGUUUAUCCAGAUUUAUCUGACGCUAGAGGGAAUACCGGUCUUCAUUUGGCUGUGACAUUUGACCACCACGAGAUAAUAAGACAACUCGCAAACGUCGGCGCCAACUUGGAUGUCUUCAACGAUGAAUGUCUCACCCCCUUGAUCCUCAGCCUCUUGAGAUACAUCGCAACCUCCAACAGGGUCGUUUUUUGGGACAAAGCCUUUCUGUCUGAAUUGAUUCUGAAUCCUAGAGAACUAGACCAAGUAACGCAAUGGCGACCACACGAGUCCCUGGUGAGCCUUGGGGAAUUUGUAGGAUCGAUGCCAAACAUGCAAACAACUGAACAUCGUUCCUACACUGGUACAAUAAAGAAAAGUUCCGAAGAAAUGUCGGUCAAAAUACGAAGCCACCUGCAGUCUAUCAAGAGUAGCUCGAUUUCUGCAAGGAUCAAUUUGAACUACUUGUUUUCUACAUCCUUCGUCGAAGAUUACGAAAAGUAUAAGAAGAUUGUGGCUUCGAAGAAGGUCGACGAUGUCGAGGAGAAAGACGUGGCUGCCAUUGUGAGAACUAUAGAAAUUCUUCUUCACUAUGGAGCUGAUCCCAAUAUUGGAGAUCUACCGAUGAAACCUGUCUUGCUCUCAAUCUUCACUAAGAAUUUGACAUUGGUGGAGAAAUUGCUGCAGCAUGCUGCCAACCCUAACAGCUCAACUGAGGAGGAUUUAACAGCUUUGCAUAUUUUAGCCAGUCUACCUUUUAACUCGAAAAACGUUCAAAUUGCUGAUAUGUUCCUUAGGUAUUCCUGUGAUCCGAACAAGAAGACCUCCAAUGAUUUUUGGAUGGAGCAGAAUGAAGAGCUGAUUGGUACUUACGUCAGUCCCUUGACGGAUUUUGAGGACUACGAAGGAAAAACGUCUCUGCAGAUGGCAGUCAUGAGGAAAGACUUCGAUGAAGACAACGUUGGUCAUCAAUGUGACUUGAUAAAGACUUUGAUUCAGUACGGAGCUCUGCACGACCACUACUAUUUGGGUCACACACUUCUCUCUAUGGCAGUACUGAGAGGAAACAACAAACUGAUAGAAACGUUACAUAACUUCGUUGAACUGGGACAACCUUUGGGGGAAAAUAUGGGAAAUGCUCUUACAGUCUUGGGAUUGUACAGAUUUCAGUCAGUCAGACCUUUCAAUUAUUGCAAGAGCACCAUCGAUGUACUGAUUUCUUUAGGAAUGAAUCCUUUCAAUCCAGUAUAUGAUUUUGCGAACAUCUUCGAAUUUUUUCUUUACGACUAUUCCAACCAUGUGGAUUUCGACAUACCAAGAAUUCGAGCUAAUUUGGAAGCCAAUGACGCAUCAAUGAGGAGGUUGAUUUACUCUAACGAUCUCAAUCUGAAUAAAGAUUGUAACAGGUUGUCAGUAGCUUACUUGAAAGAAAUAGGAAGGAAUAUCUUGAUGACCUUAUAUAGGUAUAAGGCUGUGCAGAUUUUACUUUUAUUCGCGUCUGAAGAUCUGCUUUACCAUAAGUGUUUAGAAAAUAUGGCCAAGCUUUUCACUAUUCAAGAAGCCCUCGACUGUGUGAAACUCUUCAUUAAAAAGAAUAAUGUAAUCCUGGAUAUGGAUUACGAAGAAAAUAUUCUCAGAGUUUUGAACUUUAUAAGGGACAAAUCUGUUAGGGUGAAAGACAUGAAAAAAGAUCAUACGAAGAAUGCGCCCAUAACCCAAGAACCUUCUUUGAUCUUCCAAGAGGAAAUUUCUAAACUGCACAAGAAGUACGAAGUUCCAAACUAUAUAGUUAUGUACGCUUUAGACAGCAAUCCGGACAAAUACGAGGUCUGCUUUCACUGUAUGAGGAAAUCUAAUAAGAAGCUGAUCUCCUGUCCUUGCUGUGACACAGUGAAAUUUUGUUCAGAGAUGUGUAACAAAUACAAUAUGAAAUUGGGCACAAAGCAUGCCUGCAACCUUUUUUUCUACGACGAAACGAAAACCUCCCAGGAGAAACCCAGCGAUAUGUUUCCACUCACCGGAAUAGAUCUGCUGAUGCUGGAGGCUAAACAGACGAGGGAAGAAGAACGACUGGCAGAACAGCUUCUGAGGCAGGCCGAAGAAGAAGAAAAACUGAAGAAGCAGCUUCGAAAAUCUCAAAGGGGUGAUUCGCAAGUGGCAUUGCAAGCUUCAAAGUCACGGUCAAGGUCACUAAUGGACAGAUCUACGUCAGUCUGCUUCAUCCUGGAUAAGGCCAAGAAAAAGAAGAAGAAACCAACUGUAUGUUGCAGGAGGCCUUCUUCCAUUUUCAUCUGCGAUGAAACGGCUCAAAUGGCACCAAGAAAGUUCAACUGUGGAUUCCACUGUGGACAGGUUAUACCAGAUGUUAACAUCGACGAAGAGGGUAAUAUAGUGAGAGAAAAAGAAUUCUGCGAAUGUUACCCCAUGUAUAAAAAAGACCAUGAGUCAGCCCAGGGGGAUGAAAAAGAAAGAGGCGUUGCCAGACCGAGUGAACAAUUGUCUACACACUACAGUCUCAGUGAUAUAUGGGGUGGAGCUUUCAGAUCAGGAGAAAGAGAAAUGAGGGACGUCGAAGAGCUUGAUAUGCUCAUCAAUACUUUCACCAAGGAAGAAAGACGAAAGAGCUCAGGAAUAGAAGAAGUAAAAGAAGAAGAGAUUUUAGAGCCCCAAAAAGAAAUAGAGACUGAAGGUGAAGUAACUGAAACGGCCAAAAAGCACAAACCUAAAAAAUCAGAAAGCUUCUUAGGUAAGAAAAAGAAGUCUAAAAAAAGUGACACGAAAUUGGAAGAAUCAGAAGACAAACUGAAAGAAAUUACCGAGGAAACAGACGCAGAUACUAAACAGAAGAAAAAAAAGGAUUCAAAGAAGAAAGGGAAAGCCGAAAAAAAGGUGAAGAGUGAUACCGAAAUCGAAAAGGAGCCAGAAACGGAUGCAGAGCCUGAAAAAAAGAAGAAGAAGGAAAAAGAUACGAAAAAAAAGGGAAAACCCAGCAAAAAGGUAAAAAGUGAUACUGAAAUUAUCAAGAAGAAAAAAGAGGAGAAAAAAGACGAUGGAAGUAAAACUGCAAAGAAAAGAAAGAAGAGUAAAUCAAAGUCAGAAAGUGAAAUUUCCUUACAACGUGAAGAAAAGAAACAGAAAAAAAAGAAAGAAAUUUCUUCGGAAAGUGAAUUGGACGUAAAGAAGAAAAAGAAGAAGAAAGGCAGGGAAGACAAAAGUGUAGGAGGCUCAAGCAAACACGAUAAAAAAACAAUGACGAAAGAACCGAAGGAUAAGGGGAAAAAAAAGAAAAAAGAGGAGGGAACUCAAGCGGAUAUUGAACAUAAAGUCAAAAAACCCCACGAAACAUCUAGCAAGUCUACUACAUCCAGUAUAAAGAAGAAAAAAAGGGAUGAGAGUUCAGAAUCAUCAAAGAAACCAGAAAGAAAGAAACAAGAAAAGAAGAUACCAGAAAAAAAUAAACCAGAAAAGAAGAAACCAGAAAAGAAGAAACCAGAAAAGAAGAAACCUGAAAAGAAAAAAUUAGAAAAAAAGGAACCGAAAAAGAAAAUAACGAAAAGUACAAAGAAAACGCUGGAAAAGAAGUCGAAAAGAGAAGUGAAGGAAAGACCAAAAAGUAAGAAAUCAGAUAAAAGAGUAACGGAAAGAAAAGAGAAACCGAAAAAAGUACUGCAACAAAAGACUAAAACAGAUGAAAAGAUUCCAGUUAAGUUAUUCGAGCGCCAUACAGAUAAAACUAAAAGAGACGUUGCUAUAUCGAAAACUUUGGCAUCUUUCAAAGCUAUAGACUCGAAGCUGUUAGACCCGGAAAAGUUACUGGCUUUGACCACCGUUGAUUUCAAGGAAUUCAAGAAGAUAUCUAGGGUUUAUCAGUAUUUCCUGGAACUUAUCGCUACAUAUUUCCCUGAUUUCGACUUGAGCUGUCUGAUGCUACCAUUUGCGUGUUUCAUGGACGGUCAGUUGUACUACAAGUUUGCAGACGCACUGCCCUAUUACUGUCGAACCUACAGCACUAUUUGAUUUGUA